UUGUUUUUCAUUUCCGAGUGACCUAUUUAGCUUCUCACAUUAGCAUCAGUUGAUAAUCAGCGUCUCAAACAAUGGGGAUAGCGUCAGUCGAUAUAGUAAUUUUGUUUAUUGAUUAGGUCGUUUAGACUGUUCACCACAGAUGAAGCUGUACUCAGUAAAAUACAUCUGUUAGCAUGAAGUGAAUGAAAACAGAGCAGUCGGGGUUAGCUUGUUUAUUUGGGAAGGUGGUUGCGGUAGAAAAAAAGAAUGAUGUUUGUGCUGCUAGCUUCGUUGUAAAUGCUUGUGUGUUAAUUAGCUUGUUUAUGCUAGCUGAUAAUAAUUUCCUGAUAUAUUAUCGCUACGCUCAGAAAGAGUUUUCACUCUUUAUCACCCUUGGAUGUUCAACGUGUCGAGAAGCGAGCCCACAGCCCCAUGUCUGCGGAGGCUUCAGUCGGCGGUCAUGAUGCUGACUCCGUCCAGUCUGCCGUUCCCCAGCCUGCCUGCCACAGCACAGACGGGCACAGAAAUCCGGGUCUGAUGGGGAGCAAGUACGUCAAGUUAAAUGUUGGCGGCUCCCUGCAUUAUACAACCAUCCAGACGCUAAGCAAAGAAGACAGUCUUCUGCGAAGCAUUUGCACUGGCGCAACAAAUGUUACCAUAGACUCUGAAGGUUGGGUGGUUUUGGAAAGGUCCGGUCGACAUUUUGCAUUGGUGUUGAACUUCCUGCGAGAUGGUUCGGUACCACUUCCAGAAGACCACAGAGAGCUUGAUGAGAUCCUAAAGGAGGCCCAGUUCUACAGGGUACAAGGACUAGUCCAACACUGCCUCAAUGCCAUGCAGAAACAACAAGAUAUUUUCGAAAGUGUUUGCCGCAUCCCAAUGAUCACAUCAGCCAAAGAAGAGCAGAAGAUGAUUGCUUCAUGUAGAAAACCAGUAGUCAAGCUCCAAAACAACAGGGGAAACAACAAGUAUUCAUAUACUAGUAACUCCGAUGACAACCUGCUGAAGAACAUCGAGCUGUUUGACAAACUGGUGCUCCGAUUCAACAACCGUGUCCUGUUUGUGAAAGACGUGCUCGGUGACGAGAUCUGCUGCUGGUCCUUCUACGGCGAAGGCCGCAAAAUCGCAGAGGUGUGCUGCACCUCCAUUGUGUACGCAACGGAGAAGAAGCAGACCAAAGUUGAGUUUCCCGAAGCGCGGAUAUUUGAAGAAACGCUCAACAUCCUCAUCUAUGAGAACAACCGAACCGGUCCAGGAGGGUUGCACCUUUUAGAUUCUAGAGGCUCGGGUUCAUCGCUCGGAGCCGGCCAAUCAGAGGAGGAGGGUGCAACGGGAGGGGACAGACGAGUACGCAGGAUCCACGUAAGGAGGCACAUAAUGCAUGACGAGAGAGGACACGGCCAGCAAACUGUGUACAAGGAUUAACUGUGACAGAAAAUAUGGCAUGGAAGAAUUCAAUGUUUUUUUGGUUUUUUUUUGUAUGUUUGCAAAAUGAAACAUUCUUUGUUCACAGUAAUAAUGAAGUCUUUACUUAUUUCAUGAAAUGUCUUUAAGCACUUGCAGAGACCCGGCGGUUGAUUGAAUUUUAAGUGAGGAGAGAGUUUAGUGAUGUUUACAACAAAAUCAAUUUGCAUAUUUCAACAGAAAGUGUAUAAAGUCAGCUGUGACUGAAACUGGUAGAAUAAUAUUUCAAAUGUUAGUACCUUCCUGCAUGAUACUGAAUGAGCCUCAAAACCCAUGUAUCUAGUAGAGCAGACCACCUGCCAUUUAUUUGGGUGUAAAUAGUUUGAACUGGCAGCUUUGUCUGUGUUUAAUAUGUAGGAAACAUUUAUCCAGGAUGUGAUGCGUCUGGUUUCUCUGUUGGAGGACGAUGGUACUGCUGCACAGAGCCUGACUGACAAGUCGGUGAAGUUGAGCCUCGACAUGUUAACACUGGAAUUAAAAAGAAAAGCCAUGUUUUUAGUUGUUGAGCAGCUCUGUUUUCUGUGUUUAAAUUAUUAUAAAUGCUGCUUCAAGCUUCUUCUUUUUUAUUAUUAAUUUAUAAACUUAAUUUAUUGUUUGGUAUUUAACUUUUGUAAAUGAAAUCAAUCUUUGUUACCUGAUGCUUGAGUGAGUUUUGAUUCUGCUGCUAUUGAGCGCACUCUGUUGCUCGUGGCAGAUUUUGAGAUUGCUCCUCUAGAUUAAUGCAACCUGAACUUUUGGCUUUAGUUCAGUGUUAAAAAAUGAGCUGUGACUGUUAUCUUGGUAUGUUUUUCUGAGCCAUUUUCUCUCGUGUUUGUUUUAUUUUACACCAAAUCACAGGAUUUAGCUUAAAUUAAUAGGUAAUGCAGUCUGUAAAACGUUUAACUAGACUUGACUGUCAUUUCAGGAGAGUUUAAGGUACUAUUUCUUUUUUCCUAAUCAUCACUGGUGGUAACCUAAGCACUCAUAAAAAUAAGAAGGAAAAAACACAUUGAAUGCAAAUGGUAUGUGUGUAUGACCUUGGAAAAUGCACUAAUUUAACUUCCGUCCUGGAAAUGUUUGAAAUAAAUUGCUUAUGAAAUCCA